AUGCUCACACGCACCCGUGCAAAAUGGCCUCUUUCACCAUCGCCCGGUCGCUUGCCGAUUUCUUCCUCUAGCGUGAGCGCCACAAGAAGGUGCGCACAGCGUUGCUCUACGGUCACUUCAUGUAGGAUGGCCACCGAAGAUCAGGCGGACGAGAGCCUUGCGCAAGUGUGGGCGUCAUCGAUCUCUACCAAGAAGGAACUAGUGCCCGCCAUAGCUGAGGCGGCUGCUAAAGCCCUGGCGCAACUCCCCGAGGGUGCGUCUAUAGAUCUGGCGCUGAUACACGUGUCGAGUAUAUACGGGAACGCGGAGAGAUUGGAGAAUGUGGUGCCAGAACUCAGGAAAGUUUUGCCCGGGCUAAGCGCAGUUGUGGGCUGCAGCUCGGCUGGGGCGAUAGGCAUGCAGGGCAAAGGACGCGUUGUAGAGAUAGAGAACAGAUCCUGCUUGGGGUUGACCCUAGCCACUUUGCCGGGGGUGAAGGUUCAACCGUUCUACCUCGCCGACAUGGACGUCCCUGAUCCCUUCGAUCCUCCGGCAGUCUGGAAAAGAGCCGUCCAGCUUCGUGACUCAGACAUCCCCGCGACAGAUGCAGACGGGGACGCAGGGGCAGAACUCAGGAAAGUUUUGCCCGGGCUAAGCGCAGUUGUGGGCUGCAGCUCGGCUGGGGCGAUAGGCAUGCAGGGCAAAGGACGCGUUGUAGAGUCUGGAAAAGAGCCGUCCAGCUUCGUGACUCAGACAUCCCCGCGACAGAUGCAGACGGGGACGCAGGGGCAGGGUGGGACGGCUGGGACCGUAAUGGAAAAGGGUGCGUUCUACAGGGAAGGCAUGGUCGGCGUAUCGCUCACGGGGGACAUCCGAAUGCGCUCUUUCGUUUCUCAGGGAGCGAGGCGAGUAGGACCAACGUUCAACGCAGACAAGGUGGAUGGGCCAAUGGUGAAGAGCCUUCGUGUCGCGGUAAGGGGAGCUGACGACGAGGGACAAGACGAUUGGAUAAGCCCUGCACUGCCGCCGCUAGCCAUGAUAAAGCAGGUGCAGAAGAAGCUAUCCGACGAAGAUAAGAGGCUCGUGCAGACCAACAUGCUAGUUGGCGUCGCACCAGAGCUAAUCGGGAACACGGCCAAUGAGAUGAUGGCAAUCAGCACCGGGAGGGACCACUUCGUGGUGCAGGGGGUCCUGAGAACUAGCUUGAAAGAUGGCUCGAUUACCGUUGGAGACUCCGUCGAGCCGGGGGCACGCCUCCAACUCUUCGUGCGAGACAGACUCGCUGCGGGGGACGAGUUCCAGGCAGCCCUCUUGGCUUACAAACGCCGUGAGCUAUUGGAAACCCUGGCGUCAUCAUCCGGGGAGGGGGCGAGCGAUGCAAGGGACGGAAACGGCGACAUCGAAGAAGCUACCCAGAACGUGGGCGUCGUGGACAGCGCGGUCUCGGGGCCCUCUGCCGGAGAUGAGGGGCAGACGACGCCGUUCCGAGCGGCGGGGGCGUUGUUGUUCCCUGGCUUGGACAGGGGACGAACUCUGUGGGAGGAGGACCACUACCAAAGCUCUGCGGUCUUCAAGACGGUGCCCGUACCGUUGGGAGGCUUCUUCACCAAUGGGGUGGCAGGUGCUUUGUCUGAAGGAUCGCGAACCACUCUUUUCGGAUCUAGCACAUCCGUGGCUGUGUUUUCUCCCAUCACUGCUCGGCGCACUACCGUAGAGCCACGGGAGGGAUCGACAACCGUCGACGACGGGAGCGACGCACGUGGUGUUGUCGUGGGCGAGGAUGGGGAAGAGAUCCUUGGGGACGAUAGCGACGACUUCGUCGUGCAGCGCCGUGAUGUCAAAGCCGGCCGGGCUGUUCUGUCGGGGCCUGUGCUCUACAGCGUCGCCGAGAGUGUGGCGCAACCUAAGAACACGCUCGAGGCCUUGGUCUGGGAAAAGGAAGCGGCGGUGGACCGCUCCCGCGACCGUUGGCCGAUGAGCUUGCUUGUCAGCCGUUGCCGGAUGUUCAACCUCGAAGAGAAGAACAAACCCAGGGAUGUUGUGGCCGCGUUGAACAACGGAAAGGGGAAUGGCGGCGUUGCCAUCUUAGCCGAGGUUAAGCGCACGGCUCCAGUGACGGGGAAGUUGCGACGUGGAGAGUUUGAUGUGGUGGAGUUAUCUCGAUCCCUGGAGGGAGCCGGGGUGGCAGCUAUUGCUGUGAACACGGACCCCAAGUUCUUUGGCUGUUCCUACGAGGAUCUUACUAGCAUACGGAGCGCGGUGAGUACUCCGGUCAUGUGCAGCGAUGUGGUGGUAUAUCCGUACCAGAUCUACCAAGCGAGAUUGGCAGGGGCUGACGCUCUCAAACUCAUCGCACCGGCUCUUCCGGCGAAGGACUUGAUGUAUUUUCACAAGAUCUCCAAUGCGCUAGGAAUGCAGUGCAUCGUGUCGGUGAGUUCGGUGAAGCAGAUGCUCGUGGCACUCAACCUGCCUGGCAUCCGAGCGGUGUCCAUCAGCAACCGGGACAUGGCUACAUGGGCCUUGGACACGUCUCGGGUCGAACGAAUCUUGGGGGACCCAGAGGUACAAAAAGGGCUGGAAGGGAAGGACAUCACUCUGCUGGUCGAGGGCGGCCUGCAGACGAAAGAAGAUCUUGACCGCACGAAGGCCGCCGGCAUCUCUUGCGUGGUCGUAGGGGAGGCUUUCAUGCGGAACGAAGACCCGGCAAAAGCAGCACAAGACCUUCUAGUCUAGCGUGUGCCUCUAUGAUAGGGAGAGGUGCUCCAAGAUGAAAGAAGAUGAUUAAGGAUUGAAAUUAAUUAUCUAGCUAGGUCAGGUCUGAGCAGCAGUUGGUUCUUGUGGACACUGGGUAGGUUUCAAUGCGUGUUUUUGAUCGUAUCUCGCAAAGAGUUAUGCGUCUCGUGUUCG